ACACACUGCUCCACAACUGGCAGAGGAAAAAAAAAAAAAAGAAAAACCUCAGACAUGGAUGACCCACUCACAAAAUGGCUCCACUUACACAGUAACAUCAACAACACGGCUGGAACGGACGUAGUGGUCUCGAGCGCCUGUUGACGGUGUAAAAAUGAUGGAAAAACGGCAGCCAGAGCUUCGUCCUGGCAGUCCUGAUGCAGAGGCCGGUCCUGGAAAGCGUGAGGACUCCUCCAUCAUCAUCACCAGACAGAACGGAUACAAGGAGCACGAGGAGCCGAGGAGGGUGGAGGAGGGGGAGGAGAAGGAGAAGGAGAGGGAGAGGGAGAGGGGAGGGCGCUUGAAGGGGGCUGAGGAGACGGAUGACGUUCCUCUGCAGAACUCGAGCAACGGGACCAGCAUCAGCAUCAUCAUCAACGGCGUUGCCAAGGAAACUGCCUCUCACAACGCCCUUGACCUGAAAAGGGAAGUGCCGGUGAUCGAGCUCUCCAGGAGGGACGCUAUAAAAGCGCUCGAGCAUAGGACUGAGAGCCAUUUGGUGCCGAUCACAGAACUUCGCAGACCUCCACCGUUGCCGCUACCGCCGCCGCAACGAGACGACGCUCGAAUGGUCCAACUGAGCCCUAACGCGUUUCCUGUCCCGGCCCGGGCCAUGCUCUACAACCUGGCGCAGCCUCUCGCCGCCAUCAACAGUCUUGGAGGGGAGUCGGAGCAGUACAGCAUGUACCCCAGCAACAGGGUAAAGCGCCGCCCGGCGCCUUAUGAGGUUGAACUCGACGAGGGUAGGCGCAUUUUAGAUCUUUAUAAGUAUGCUGGCCAGCCAAAGAUUGUCCGCCGUAUCUUCACAAACAGUCGUGAACGCUGGCGGCAGCAGAACGUAAAUGGGGCAUUUGCAGAGCUUCGUAAACUCAUCCCCACACAUCCCCCGGACAAGAAGCUGAGUAAGAAUGAGAUCCUUCGGCUCGCCAUGAAGUACAUCAGCUUCCUCUCCAACCUGCUGGAGGACCAGGACGGAGGAAGGACCGUUGACAGCACAACAGACGGGGAAACAGGGCUGCUGAUAGGGGCCCAUGAGGGUGGCCCUCAAGGAGGAGCACAUCAGGACACGUCGGUGGGCCUGGCAAGGGACGAUCUUCUGGAAACAAUGUCACCGAGCUCGAGCUGCGGAAGCUUACCUGAUGGCGAUGCUGAGGGCAGUCCUGAGAGCUUUAUGGAGGACCAGGACUCACCUCCGGCUCCAAGGACUCUAACGGCUUCUAGAGGGCCCCCACUGCAUUUGGCAACUCGGGAUCUGAGGCGCAACGGGCGCCAGACAGAUGGCUCUAGUCGCCGAUGAUGCUGAAGCCAAAAAAUCCACAAACAAAAAACCUGAGACCGAAAGAUGACAAUUAGAUGGACUAACAAAAGAGGAGGAUAUGCUCAGGAACUAUUAGCUUUGAGGGGUUCAGUGUAGGGAAAUGAAUCAAUCUCCACAUACAGAAAGAGAGAGAGAGAGGGAAUGGGGUUUCGAAAUUGAUCAUGUGGACAUUUCUCGUCCUCAAACUACACCCGAGGCUUGGUUCGAUUAGUUGCUGGUUGAAUUUGAUCUGACAAAAGACUUGUAAAUUCUGCAUGUCUCAUGUCUUUGACUGACCGGCAGUUUAAAAUUGUGUGUGUUUUUUUCAAAUCCCAAAACUGGAUAUUCUAAAAAAGUACAAACACAAAAAAGUAAACAAAAUAUGCAAAAAAAACAGGUUAAAAUUAAACCAAAAAUCACUCACAAGACACUUGAUAAAAAAAAGUCCAAUGAUAAACUAAUGAUAAUAUUGGUUAGAUUUUGGUGCAGCCAGAAUAGAUCCAACUUGCUGCAGAGUGCUUCAAGUCAAUGAAAAUCAAUGUUAUGGAAUAAUGCCACAAAAUUAAGUUUGCCUCAGUUUGAGGCCGUAAAUGAUUGGACUUGACUCUAUUGUGCCCAUGCAGCUGCGUAUGUAUUGUAAAUAGCAUCAUAUUUCCACUGCACAAUGUAACAACAGUGACUGGAGUUCAAGUCAUGUGGUUUAAGAUGUACUUUUGUGUGUUUGUCACUGGGUUUACGAGCAAAAUGGUAUUUUUGGAGAGAUGCGAAAAUGGGUAGACGUUCAGAACUCAAUGUAGUACAUCAAAUGUGGUACCAUUUACUUCUGUUACACUUUGGUGGUGAAAAUCGCACCAAAUACGGCGACAGACGGAUAAACAGUUUCACUGCUGGGUCAAAAAUAUCUGUUUGAAAGAGCUGUGGAGGUACAAGCAAUGCAGUGUUUCUUAAAGUGUACAAAUUAUGAGUCAUAUGAUAUCUUGACAGACUCAUGCAGUCCUUUUGAUAUGAAUGUUUCAAUGUUUUUUUUUAAAACUGUAAUGCAGUUGUAGUUUAGUAAGGUACACAAAUAAAUCCCUUCAUUGCCGCAUUUUACACACACACACACACAAGCACACGUGCACACACACACACUAACACACACACACACACACACACACACACACACACACACACACACACAUACACACACUAACACACACAGUGUUAAUAUCAUAAUAACACCAGCAGUUUUUCACAAAUGCAGUUAAGUAUUGCUCACUGUUGUUGGUAAUUCUGCUUUUUCAGCAGAACCUUGUAGCCUAUAUUGGUACCUUUGUUAACUAUGGUAUUUUAUGAAUUGCAGUAAAGGGACAUUGUACGUUUGGUAAUGACAUAUUUGCUGUAUGAUAGCUGUAUCUAUAAAUAUAUCCAAUGUUAAAGCGAUGAAUUUUAUACAAAACCCCUGAAUAAAACACAGAGAGAGAAGCCUGGUAUGUGAUUUUA